AUGAGUUAUAGAGAGAUUGCUAGAGAACUUGUUGAAACUAGGGAUGAGCUAGAAAUCCUAAGACACAAAUUCAAAGCUUCACAAGCAAGAAGGAAAGAACUGAUUGACCAAUUAUUAGAGAUCUCUGACAAUAGCUCUUCAGAUGAGUUGAAGAACUAUCACAACAAACCUAAUCAGACUGAAACUGGAGCUCCACCAGAACUAGACACUGAAGAAAUAGUUGUACUAGAUGAAGUCUACACUGCCAAGGAUAAGGAUGACACUAUUUCACCACCUAUCAUAUUCUUUGUGGAUGAAACUAAAGAUGUUCAGGAUACUAUUAAUAUAAUUGGUACCAACAAUGAACUAGUUAAGGAAAAAGAACAGGAACCGGAUAUGGUUAAGGAACAAAAAGAAGAGGAAGCAUUGACUGCUGAACAAAGUAUGGACAUGCAACCACCACCAGUAAAGAAACAUAAUGUUGAAAGUCAAUUGCCACCAGUCAUUACACCAACACAGGAGGAACAAAUAGAGACAGAGAAGAAGCUUGGACAAUUAGUUGUUGAUGCUAGUGAACAACUAAAAUCAUUUGAAGAGUCAGUUCAUGCUUUAGCAAAAAAAGAUUACAGGAAGAAAAGGGAAGAAAAAUUGAUUUCAGAAAUUGACAAAGGCAAGGUUGCUUUAAUAGUGAACAAAGAUCUUUUGAAAACAGGAAUAGAAACUGGAGCAAUGAUAGAACAACCUUCUCAAGAGGCUCAACCCUCUAGUGCCUCCACUCCUCCAACUACCACUACCACUCCAACUAUCACUGCUACCACUACUACCACAACAACACCAGCCACUACAUCGACCAUGUCUAUUGUAGCGGUUGUUUCAACACCACCUCCACCCUUGGCUAUAAUAAUUGUUACUCCAUGUUAUAUUGCUUCACGGAUGCCUGCGCCUACCAUGAUUCCUAAAAAUGAGACAAUAACAAGUCAUAAUAUGGAGUCGGACUCAGACCAAGAGGAGGCUGAGCCAACACCAAAGAAGGUAGAACCUAAAAAUAGAAAAAGAAUGACUCCUUCUAGUACAGAGAAACGAAGGGAGCUUGUCAUGCAAAAGGUAACAGAACUUCCAUAG